AUGGACAAAAAAGUCGCAAAGGAAAAGUUUUUGGGAGUUUUCCCGGACUUGGUCCAGGAAUUGGUCGGAGAGCUAAAGAAACACGGUAUGCCAGAGGAUGCCAUUCAAUGGUUCGUCCGCAAUUUGGAGUACAACACUCCAGGUGGAAAACUGAACCGUGGAAUAUCUGUUGUGGAUACGUAUGCUCUUCUCAAGGGUUACUCCAGCUACGAUGACCUUUCGGCCGAGGAAUACAAGAAGGUAGCCAUUUUGGGCUGGUGUAUUGAGCUGUUGCAAGCAUACUUCUUGGUUGCUGAUGACAUGAUGGACAAGUCUAUCACCAGAAGGGGCCAACCAUGCUGGUACAAAGUCGAUGGUGUUGCUGAAAUUGCUAUUAACGAUGCUUUCAUGCUGGAGGCUGUGAUCUACAUUCUUUUGAAGAACCAUUUCAAGGCUGACGCUUACUACGUUGAUCUCUUGGAAUUGUUCCACGAGGUGACUUUCCAGACCGAGCUUGGUCAAUUACUCGACUUGAUCACGGCACCUGAGGACCAUGUUGAUUUGUCCAAGUUCUCCUUGGCCAAACACUCUUUCAUCGUCAUUUACAAAACCGCAUACUACUCUUUCUACCUGCCAGUUGCCUUGGCCAUGUACAUGAGUGGAGUCAGUGGUGAAAAGGACUUGAAGCAGGCACAGGAUGUUCUGAUCCCACUGGGUGAAUACUUCCAGAUUCAGGAUGACUUCCUUGAUUGUUUUGGUAAGCCAGAAGAUAUUGGUAAGAUCGGAACGGAUAUCUUGGACAACAAGUGUUCGUGGGUUGUGAACACCGCUUUGAAACUGGCCACCCCAGAACAGAGAGAGCUCCUUGACAACAACUAUGGCAGAAAGGACGCCACGGCUGAGAAGAAGUGUAAGGACUUGUUCAACGAGAUGGGCAUCAAAGAGCUCUAUCUCGAGUACGAGGAGAAAAUUGUUGGUGAAUUGAAAACCAAGAUUGCCAACGUUGACGAGAGCAGAGGCUUCAAGGGCUCUGUUCUCACGGCUUUCUUGAACAAGAUCUACAAGCGUCAAAAAUAG